UAUUGGCUCCUUUUAGAUACAGCAUAUUUUAUUUUGGUAUAUCUUUUUAAUUCAAAUGAGUAAUUCCUCUCUACAUAUAUAAUUCGAGUAACUCCAGAAUACAUUCCCUGCGUUUUAAUCCAAUUAAUUUUAGUUAAUUAAAUGUAGCUCAAAAUGCUUAAGUAUGUUUUUCAUAGCAUCCUGCUGGGCCAUUUUGCGCAUGCGUUAGGACAGGCCACCAUUUUGCGCGUGGACUGAAAAAGCGGACGUUUUGUGUGCUGCAAGCGGGCUCAAGUUAAUCACACAACUUCGUGUAAAGGUGGUCUAGCUUCGAUUUUCUUCCCCUUAUGUGUUAUUGUUUAUUCAAGGAAACGGUGUUAUUUUGAUUGAAGAAUGGCAGAGCAGCUGAAGCUGAGAGUCAUCGUGGCAGAUGAUGAUUUUAGGAGACUUGACGUUCCAUCUGGGAUGCCAAGAACUUUGACUGAUCUUCAGAGCACAAUUCGCCAAGCAUUUGGAAUUGAAAGAGACUUUCGUAUUCAAUUCAUGGAUCCUGACUUCAACAAUGAGUUUAUGAACAUAACAUCAAUGCAAGACAUUCAAGACCGAAGUACAAUCAAACUUGUGUACAUGGCAAAUCUGGAUACAAGUGCAUCUUUGUCAAAGCAGUAUCUCACAUGCAGUCUUGACUCUUCUGCAAGUCCAGAAAGUAUUCAAAGAAACUCCAGUCUCUCAUCGUCUUCAUCCAACUCAGACAGCACCAUAAUUCUACCACAGUCAGACAGUGAGCUGAGAUCAUGUGCAUGGCCUCGCGAGUUUACUAUUCCUCGAUUUUCAUUCAAUGUAGAGGUGCAACUUCAGCGUGGAAAUGAGACCUUCAGAGAAACUGGAACUCGGCUCAAGAUUACUCCAGGUGUUAAAUCUGACAUCUUAGAGAAGCUAGCUGAGGCGAUUUUUUUCAGUUUACUGCUUAUCCUCAAAAUUACCAAAUAGAUGAAGUUGCAGGGGCACUGAUCAAAAAAUUUCCUUGUCUGCGAGAGCCAUCUGCCACAGGUUACUAUGGCUGGAUGAUUAGCCUGAAAUAUAAGAUGGCUAAUUACAGGACAAAGAUGCGCAACAUUGGCUGUCCUGAAGUGACUAUAAAUGCUUUGAAAAACAAAUCCAGUGAUGAUUGCCUCCCAGCCAAAAAUGUUAAGAAACCUAAAAAGGCUGAGGUCAAUUUUUGUCUAUUACACCCAGCUGGCGAAACGGAUGACAGUCUAGAAAACAUCAGGGUUGAGCUUUUGACCGACGUCAGACGAAGAAACAGUGCCUCAGAUGUAAGGCAGAAGAUGUCAAGAACAUUUUCCUACCGUAGACAAGAGGUGGUGCAGGGAAGUCCAACUGCUGGGGAGUUUAAAGCUAGGUGGCCUGCACUUUUCCAGAUUAAUGAGGUAAAUGCUGAAUUCCAGCGUAUUACAACACUUCAACUGGAGACGACCUUCGCGGCACAGUUAGACAGAAUUACACCUCAGCUGAUGACAGUUUUCCAGAAGAAGGGCGGUGUUUCUGGGCAGAAACUUGCCCACCACUUGCAGAUCAUGCAAGAGGCUGAAAGUGAUGUUAAAGUGAAAAGGGAAGCAGUUCUCAGGGCACUUUGCCUCUACCUUGGUGAAGAGGACGGAAGCCUUAUUCGGGAGUACUUGGACAUUGAAGGAGAUGACAUCCAGAGAGACCUGAAGAAGCACACCAUGGGCAUUUAUGUCAUCAACAAGGAGGAUGGACAAAAUGGACAUUAUGAUGACAUUGGAAUAUUUGUUGAAGGCGAGAUUGUCAUGGACAACAUUGGAUCUCCGGCCCAAGCUUGUGCAUUGAUGCUUGGAGUAAUCUAUGCACUAAACCUAGCCUACCCCAAGGAAUUGAGGCACUAUUAUGAAUUCAUUCAGAAAGUGUUGAUGGGAUUGGAUGGGGAAAAGCUCUCCCCCAAAGUCCUUGGGCUGAAGAACAAAAUCGCUACUGGAUAGGAAGAUUUCUAAAACCACACAUCCAGAGAAUGCUGUUAUGUAAAUUACCAAUGACUGGUGCUCUUGUGAAUAGGAGUGAAACUCUUGUAUAACCAUCAUUCGUUCUCACGUUAUGUUUUGAUUGAACAUUUUAACUUUCAAUAAUGAAUGUUUCAUGUUUGGUACAUUUGAGUAGCUUGAAGAGCAACUUUAUAAUUAUUCAGUUUACCGAAGCAAUUUUUCUUUAUUCCGGUCCUUGAUAGCUGCUGCCCUAUAAUCAGUGUUAACUCACCUGAUUUAAAAAAACAAACAAACAAAAAAAACAAAAUAUAUGCAUGAUUACCACACUGCAGCACACUGGUAACACUUUAAAGACUAUUAAUUGUUUUGCAUGUAAAACAUUCAGAAUCCUCAAGGAAGGACUAGAAUGGAAAGACAGUGGUCAAUAAGCAGUAAGGAAAACACAAGUUUAGUUUUAAGUCUAAUUACCUUAUUAAAAUGCAACUUCUAAAUAUGGAUCGCAGAACAGCAAGUCUGAAACUUUGGUUAGUUUGUGGAUGCAUCAGUUUCUAAUUGUGAUACUUGUGAUACACUGGCAGUGUUUUAUUCUUUUUUUUUUUAGAGGAAGAGAAACCUUGGUUAACAUUUCUCUUGUCUGUUGUUUCUGUUUUAUUUGAAUAGAGCUUUUUAAAGCUAUUAGUUCAUAGGCAAAAGGUUUGUAAUUUGUAUUAUACAAAUUACAGCGAUUUCCCUUAGAUGUGGAUUCUUAUUCUGUUUGCAACAAAUUUUGUAUUAAUAAAAGAUGUGAAAGAA